AUUCUAACUACCAACCUGAUCGCUCUUCUCACUCUCAGAAUUACAACUUUAAUUAUAGCCUUAUCCUCAAUUCUAUCGAAAAAAACCGUUAUAGACCGAGAAAAAAUAUCCCCAUUUGAGUGUGGAUUCGAUCCUAAGACUUCAGCUCGGCUACCUUUUAGGCUUCGAUUUUUCCUUAUUGCUGUGAUUUUCCUAAUUUUUGAUGUAGAAAUUACAUUAAUUCUCCCUCUGGCCCAUAUCUCUCCCCUUACAAAUAUUUUCUCUUGAAGAUUUACAGGAUUGUUUUUCCUCCUAAUCCUUCUCAUAGGCCUCUACUAUGAAUGGUAUAAAGGUGCCUUAGAAUGAUCUAACU